CGCAGUGUAGUCAUCACGACUUCGUCGAUGCUGACACUGACAGCAGCGUUAACAUGGCGAUGAAGGCAAUCAAGGGAAUGGUUGGCGGUGCCAUAAACGAAUUUUCUACAGCUGUUGGAGGUUCAAAAACGGCAGCUUUUCGUGAACAUGCGCUCGCCGUGAAUCGAGACUAUAUUUCUCAGCCACGACUAACAUACAAGACAGUCUCUGGAGUGAAUGGUCCUCUGGUGAUAUUGGAUAAUGUUAAGUUCCCUAGGUAUGCAGAGAUUGUGCAUCUCACCCUCCCUGAUGGGACCAAGAGGAGUGGGCAGGUGCUGGAGGUUACAGGAUCAAAGGCUGUCGUGCAGGUAUUUGAGGGAACCUCUGGUAUUGAUGCCAAGAAGACCAGUUGUGAGUUUACCGGUGACAUCCUGCGCACACCAGUGUCGGAGGAUAUGCUUGGUCGGGUGUUCAAUGGGUCAGGCAAGCCCAUCGACCGUGGCCCUGCAGUCAUGGCAGAAGAUUACUUAGAUAUCAUGGGCCAGCCCAUCAACCCUCAGUGCCGGAUCUAUCCCGAGGAGAUGAUCCAGACGGGUAUCUCUGCUAUUGAUGGCAUGAACAGCAUCGCCCGUGGACAGAAGAUCCCAAUCUUCUCAGCCGCUGGCCUGCCCCACAACGAGAUUGCUGCCCAGAUAUGUCGUCAGGCUGGGCUUGUGAAGAAAUCCAAAGAUGUGAUGGACUACAGUGAAGAGAACUUUGCCAUUGUGUUUGCUGCCAUGGGGGUCAACAUGGAGACUGCCAGAUUUUUCAAGUCUGACUUUGAGGAGAAUGGCUCCAUGGACAAUGUUUGCCUCUUCUUAAAUCUGGCUAAUGACCCCACGAUCGAGCGCAUCAUCACUCCACGCUUGGCACUGACCUCAGCCGAGUUCUUGGCCUACCAGUGUGAGAAACACGUCCUGGUCAUCCUGACCGACAUGAGCUCCUACGCCGAGGCCUUACGUGAGGUGUCUGCGGCCAGAGAGGAGGUGCCAGGCAGGAGGGGUUUCCCCGGCUACAUGUACACAGAUCUGGCCACCAUCUACGAGCGAGCCGGACGCGUGGAGGGACGCAACGGCUCCAUCACGCAGAUCCCUAUUCUCACCAUGCCAAACGACGAUAUCACGCAUCCCAUCCCUGAUUUGACUGGCUACAUCACAGAGGGUCAGAUCUAUGUGGACAGGCAGCUGCACAACAGACAGAUCUAUCCUCCUAUCAAUGUGCUUCCCUCUCUUUCUCGACUGAUGAAGUCCGCCAUUGGCGAAGGAAUGACACGCAAAGAUCAUGCUGAUGUGUCAAAUCAGCUGUAUGCCUGCUAUGCCAUCGGGAAAGAUGUGCAGGCUAUGAAGGCUGUGGUGGGAGAGGAGGCGCUGACUGCUGACGACUUGCUUUACCUGGAGUUCCUGCAGAAAUUUGAAAAGAACUUCAUUGCUCAGGGGGCCUAUGAGAACCGCACUGUGUAUGAGACGCUGGACAUUGGCUGGCAGCUGAUGAGGAUCUUCCCCAAGGAGAUGCUGAAGAGGAUCCCUCAGAGCACUUUGGCCGAGUUCUACCCUCGUGACUCCAAGCAUUAACCCCACUCCCUCUCCCUCCAGUAUCCCCAUCUCCGUUCCCCCC